CCUCCUCGCGCACCGUACGGGGUGACCAAAAAACGUGCUAUGUUGUGACUGAAUGAGACAUCGGUCCUUUGAAACCGCUGAAGUUCGUUGAUUUGAACACACAUUUAAACGGACAGUCAGUAUCAUUUUGUAACCUUCACGUGACUUUUACAUUGUAGUGGCUACAGCUUUAAAAUACCGGACAUUUUCAGCCUCAACUGUUAAGCUAACGUCUAAUAAAGCCGAGGGGGGGUAACCAAAACAACAAGUUAGCCCGCUGCUAUUGAGCUUAAAUACAAGGUUUUAAUUCGUAGCUAAGCUUAUCUGCUAAUAUGUCGACCGUGUCAAACGACUCGAGGAAACGGAGCAAGAAGCGGUAUGCGGGGGGUCACCACAACAAGCGGUGGAAGGGUUCCCGGGAGCUGGAGAUAGGCAUGCAGGGGAUCCUCAUCACAUGCAACAUGAACGAGAGGAAGUGCACCGCGGAGGCCUUCAAUCUGCUCAAUGAGUACGCCGACACGCUCUAUGGGCCCGAGAAGUUGCAAGCUAAUAAUGGGAGCACUAGUGAAGAGGAAGAGGCUGAUGAAGAAGAUGUUGAUGUUGCACUUAAGAACGAAGUGGCACAGUUGAAAGCAUCUGGAAAUAAACAGGAGAGGCGCUUCCAAGCUUUGGACAGCGGAGCAAACAAUGUCAUCUUCAUCAAAACUAGAAAUCUGGAAUCUGACAAGUUGGUUCAUCACAUCCUCUCUGAUCUCCACACCACCAAGAAGAAAAAGUCACGUGUGAUCCUUCGGAUGCUACCAGUAACUGGAACAUGCAAGGCCUUUCAGGAUGACAUGGUAAAGUACCUGACUACUUUCCUGGAGCCCUGGUUCAAAACUCCAAACUGUGGUACCUACCAGAUCGCCUUCAAGGCCCGCAACAGCAGCCACAACAAGAGAGACGAAAUCAUCAAAGCAAUUGCAGGUCUCGUGGGGAAGCUGAACCCUAAGAACAAAGUUGAUUUGACCAACCCAGAACUGACAAUCAUCGUGGAGGUCAUCAAGGCAGUGUGUUGCAUCAGUGUGGUAAAAGACUAUACACUGUACAGAAAGUACAAUGUCCAGGAAGUAAUGAAAGAGGACACACCAAAGCCUGACGUGACCACAGAAAAAACGGAUACGAACACAGCUGAGAAGAAAGAGAAACACGAUGCAGAGGAGACAAACGAAGAAGAAGAGAAGAAAGGCGAUGACGUCAACGUGCCGCAGGAGAACAAGGAGGCUGAUAAGGAAGAAGUUGACGGGGAGUAAGGGCUCACAUUUAGGGAAGCUGAUUGUCAAUCAGAUUGUACAUUUUCACAAAAAAAGUUUAUCUUAAAUUGCAUUAUAUUGUAGUGAUUUUGAUUUAAAAUGAAAGGUUCAAAGCAAAGAUUAGCCAAUUAAUUUUUUCCACAACUUGAGUCCUUGUUUAUCAGAACUCUGAAUCAUUUUCAGGAUGUGUAGUGCCCCUGGUGAUACUUUGAGCAAAGUUUCAUGCUUUGUCAAGCCUUCUUGGUGUUUUAAAAAUAGAGAUUUUGAGGCUAGCGUACAAAUGCCCCUAGGAUUCCCAUUUAAAAGGCCAUUUGACCGGGGGAAAAAACAAGAAUACAGUAAAUCCUAAAAGUGACGAUUCCGUCCUAAAUAUGCUUAUAACCGAAGGUUUGACUCAGUUACAUUCACAAAAAGACUCUUGGUUGCAUUUUGGCGAGAGUUACGCUUUAAUGUUUUUUUUAUAUUCAUGAAGAUAUCUAUGAUAUGUUAGUACCAACUUUAUUGGGAAGUCAAUUUUUAAAUUAAGUAUAUUUUAAAUUAACUGAACGUCACCAUUCUGGAGCACAAUAUACAUCAACUCAGUUUAUUUAAAAUGGCAAAUUAGAUUUGUCCUUUUUUUUUUACAUUUUUACUCAAAGCAAAAGGGUUUGUUCAGAUCAACUUGUGUGUCACAUUUUGUAACUCUGUUUUUCUGUAACUGUUAUUUCCUAAAGCAGUCCCUAAAUUAAAGUUACCUAUGUGUUUGAA